AUGAGAACGUUUACUCGAAAAGCAAUCGCACAGCAUAUUUUACAAGGUCAAAUUCUGGUGAUAUUCGAUAACAAGGUGCUGCGUUUGAACAGCUGGCUCGAUACACACCCCGGCGGUGAUCUCGCCAUCCUCCACUUUGUCGGCAGGGACGCUACCGAUGAAAUCUCAGCUUAUCAUGAUGACAAUACGAUAAAUACCCUUCUGCCGAGAUUUAUUGUGGGUGAAGUGGAUAAAAGGGAUACUGAGCCAUUUUACCCGCUCACUCCGCCAGUUCAGCUUGGCUGGAGAUGCGAUAAAGUCGAAGGCGAUACCACGCAGGCUUUCGAUAAAUUUAAGCAUGCUGAAGUGGACAACGACCGCGUCGCAGUUACGCCCAGCCUCCCAAAAUCUAAGUUUGCUUCUAUUCCGCUCACAGUCCAAGAGCUGGAGCCACCAAGACCGUCAGACCCUAAUCUGGAUGCCCGGAGGCAGCACGAGAUCUCUCGGCGCUACCACAAGCUCCACGAUCAAGUCAAACGUCGCGGCUUAUACACAAUACAGCCCGACGCUUAUCUGUACGAGUGCAUACGAUAUGCCUCUCUCUUGGUGAUCUUUGCAUGGCUGUACUUCAAGAUGGACUGCAAGGUCCUAUCAGCGAUACCCUUAGGAGUCUUCUGGCACCAGAUCACGUUUGUUGUCCAUGAUGCCGGUCAUUGCGAGAUAUGGGGAUCACAGAAAACGGACAAAACUCUGGCGUGCUUUAUAGCUUCGUAUAUUGGAGGACUGAGCGCGAAUUGGUGGUGUGAUAAUCACGACAUUCAUCACAUCGUUACGAACCAUCCCGAACACGACCCUGAUAUUCAGCACAUACCAUUCUUUGCUAUCUCAACCAAGUUUUUCAACUCAAUGUGGAGCACGUACUACAGGCGAGUGAUGGAGUUUGAUGCAUUCGCCAAGCUGGUUUUACCAAUUCAACACAACCUAUACUAUAUUGUCAUGUCAGUAGCACGCUUCAAUCUUUUUGCCUUGUCGUACGCCUACCUUCUAACCAAGUCUCGAAACGACUGGUAUAGAAAUUUCGAGAUCGUUGGCGUCAGUGUGUUCUGGACUUGGUAUGGAGGUCUCAUCAGUCACAUACCCUCACAUUGGGGAAAAAUUGGCUUCUUGUUAUUGAGCAAUAUUGCUGCAUCACCGGUACACGUCCAGAUUGUGUUGUCACACUUCGCGAGAUCGACGGAUGACCUCGGAUUGACAGAAUCGUUCCCACAUAGACAAUUGCGUACUACAAUGGACGUUGCGUGUCCUUGGUAUCUGGACUUUUUGCAUGGAGGACUACACAUGCAAGUCUCACACCAUCUUUUCCCCCGCAUACCGCGCCACAACCUCCGUGCAGCGCGCGAUAUGGUAGCGAAGUUUGCGUCUGAAAAUGAUUUAGAGUACGCAGAGUAUGGAUUUGUUGCCGGCAAUGGACAGGUGCUUGAUGUACUUCGAAAUGUCGGCGAACAAGUAAAAUUCAUGUCUAAAGUGGCAGCGAGCGAGGCGUCACGAAAAGAACACCACACUUCAAUUGUACAGUAA